AUGCUUAUGUUUCAGCCAGAUGACUACAAAGGUGAUCCAGCGAAAUUUAUGCCGCCAGUGGAUUCAGAAGAUGUGGUAGUGCAAUGGCCUUCGCGUCUUGCUGGAGUCAGAAGCGUGAAGUUCGACACGAAGAAGAAAAAGUGGUUAGAUGAAGAAACUACAACAACGACCACCACUACAACAACCACUACUACCACCCCAAAACCGUCAGACUACACCCCACCCUCUGCACUCGUCUAUCCAUCUGUAGGACGUUGCACUUAUAGUGCAAUGUACCAGACAGCGUUCCAGGGUACAAAGCUAAUCAGGAGCAUUUAUGUGAAAAGUCCUGCCGAUUGUUUCGCAGCCUGCUAUGCUCAUGGAUGUCGAUCAGCUAACCUUAUAUCCAACGGGGCAAUGAAUACCUGUGAGCUAUACCGCGACUCUGUUAUUGAUUAUCGCAGCAUUGGUACAAUAGCCUACGACGGUUCUACAGUAUACUUUGAUGGAAUCAAAUGUGAUGGUCCCGCUAGCUAA